UUCAUACUCCUGAAAGAAUGGGAAAGGUCAGAGGCGAAGUAGAAGAAGCAGAAGGUGAAGCUAUUGAAGCUCUGGGUUCUCUCUUCAAGCUUACUCAAAUCCAUCUAUGGGUCGAUACAGAUACUCCUCUCUUCCAUCAACACAGUGGUAACAAGAGUGUUGAUGAUACUUAUGGAAUUGCCAACAAUGGAUUGAUGAAAGAGAUGAAUGAUCUUGGUCUUCCGGUUUCCUUUCGAACAAACAAGCAGUGGAAGAACAGAACUAGAGGCUAUCAAAAGAAAGGAUUCAAGGAUCGAUUAGACGAAGAGGUUAAUGUUAUUCUCAAAGUAGAAGACACUUUGAAUUUGGUGUCUGCUUUGAAUGAGGAGGUUGAGAGUCCGUGUUUUGAGGAAGAUUGUGUACAAGUAAUUGAAGUGGAAGAAGAAAAUCAUGAAGUUGUUGUGGGGAGCUGUUUUUUGGGAAAUGGAGAUGGAGACUCAGUGUUGGCAUCAGAGACAAUAGAUUCUCAUGACUCUAGUGUAUGGAAGGUCUACUGGGAUUCGUUCUAUGGACGAAGUUAUUUUUACAAUUUUAAGACACAAGAGUCAAAAUGGGAGCCGCCACUUGGGAUGGAGCAUCUAGCUUAUAGCGAUGAAAGUCACAACUUGAGUGAAUUGGUCAUAGAGAAGCAUCAUGAUGACUUGUCUGGAACUGUGCUUGGCGAUGAUGUUCCCUUUGACAAAGCUGACGAUCUUGGUGGAGUUUGUCAAAGUCAACUUGAAGCAGAAGCCACAGAGGAAGUUAACAGUUUGAUUGAUACAUACCAAGAAACUUCCAUUGGAAAUCAAUCUUUGGAUAUUACUAGUCUUGGUGAAGAGGGAACCGGUGCAUAUGUUGUCAGUUCCGUUAGAAAGGCUAAGAAAGAGUCUAGAAGAUCUCGAGCCAAAAAGAAAUUACUCAAUUCGUACACAGGGACUGAAAUGAAAGGUGUUCCUGAAGAAUAUUCUCCAAUCCUUGGCAAGUAUUGGUGCCAAAGAUACCUCCUCUUCUCCAGAUUUGAUGAAGGCAUCAAGAUGGAUGAGGAAGGAUGGUUUUCUGUCACUCCUGAACUUAUAGCUAAACAUCAUGCCACACGCUGUAAUGAAGGCAUAGUCAUUGACUGUUUUACAGGAGUUGGUGGAAAUGCUAUCCAGUUCGCAUCAAGGAGUCACUAUGUGAUUGCAAUUGAUUUGGAUCCAAAGAAACUUGAUUUAGCAAAGCAUAAUGCUGCCAUAUAUGGUGUUGCUGAUAAAAUCGACUUUGUGAAGGGAGACUUCUUUGACCUCGCACAUAACUUGAAGGCAGGCACUGUAUUCCUAUCGCCUCCUUGGGGAGGCCCUGAUUAUCUUAAAGCGAGCACGUAUGAUAUGAAGACAAUGUUGAGACCUCGUGACGGAGAUGCUCUAUUUAAGGCGGCCAUGAACAUUGCGUCAACAAUCAUUAUGUUUCUUCCAAGAAAUGUUGACAUUAACCAACUAGCAGAGCUUGCCUUAUCAACGUCUCCUCCAUGGUCACUAGAGGUAGAAAAGAACUAUUUAAAUGGGAAGCUGAAGGCGGUAACAGCGUAUUACGUCAGACAAGAUGAUUGUAAGAAGCUUAAAAGAAGACCACAGUAGGGAAAAGGUAGAUGCAAUCUGCGUUUGUGCUGGCUUGUUGAAUCCAGGUGGAUCAAUAUUGAUUUAUGAUCAUAGGCUAUGCAUUUGUAUAGACAAAAUGUGUUGUCUAAAGCAGUACAACAAAAUACAAUUGUUCAAUUAUAUUUCUUACAACAAAGAGCAAAGUCCAUCAGUUUCUACUAAGACAACGUGUGGAACAAAAUCUAAAUCCAAGCCGUAUUAAAAAUGUUUUGUAUGGACAUCGAUUCUUGCAAAAGGAGCAUAUAGGUCGAGACAUAUGUUGAUUGUUGGGCAGAACAUCUACCUUUUUAC